AUGGCAGUCUACAAUAAGUACCAAAGAUACUUCACCGACAAGAGUGCUCUCAAGUUAGCGGUUAAAGCUGCUAACUUGGCUGCGGUGAAGGUGCUGCUCCAUCAGACCGACCCGGUAGUGUGUGACCGAGGUGAUGGUCUGCUCGUAGACGCCAUCAUCAGUGGGUCAUACCCCGUGCUCAAAUAUCUCUUGGACUCUGGCAUGUUCAAAGGCAUUGAACGUUUAUGCAAUCUCAAGAGUGCUGAAAGUCCUAGAACCUACUACACCAUACCAAGAUUCAUUCGUGCCAUGAUGGAUGACAUGGAGUCCGUUCCUCAAGUACUCGUGGAUCAUGUCAAGUCACUGGCGAUUGUCUACCCCGAUAAGAUAUUGGCGACGGGUGACCAACAACUCAUUAAUGAGUUCUUGUACAAGGAUGGCAUCAAGCUGUUCUGUGGUGGAAUAUCAUCGUACAUGAUGAUCCCCGACAAACCAACAACAUGUAUUGAACAGCUUGAACACAUGGAGCGAUUGUUGGGUAUAUCGGACGCAGCGACACACUACCCGCGUGUUCAAGAACAACUCAAAGUAUCCAAGGAAUCAGCUCAAUCAAUAUUAUCCGUCCAUUCCUCGAGAGUGCCAGACAAGGACAUUGCAGCUUCUCAGGACCUCGAUGAUCAUCGACGUCUUCUCAUUGCCAAACUACUUUCAUUGCCCAUUGAGUGGAGACUCGAUCAAAUCAAGACUUUGUAUCACGAGUACGUCAUCACUGGCGACUGCUUGCUCAUACCUUUGCUCAUUGAUCAUUAUAGUUUCGAUGCGUGUCAGGGUAUGAUCAACCAAAUAGUCCAACACGGCACCUUCACACAGGCAAUCGUGACAAUAGAGUACAAGCCAGACAUGUUUCUAUACAAACAGUUUAAUGGUUUGUUCCAUUCAUUCUUUAAAGCUGACGACAUGAAAUGCAGCUUCGAAAUCAUCAAAUAUCUCGACAGCAAGAAGGUGACCAUCACGCCUAGUUAUUGGAACUUAGGUUUCAGAGCUUUCAGUGGCACGGCCGAGAUGCUUGAGUUCAUGCUCGCCAAGGAUACCAAAAACAUAUUCUCCAAGCAUAUACGCGAAAGAAGUGAACCACUGGGGCUGCUGGAUGUUGAGCAUGUCAAGCUGGUACUUCCAUCACUGACCCGCGUUCAUUUUGCAACCCUUCUUCGAGACGCCACCUACCAAGCGCGCAUCGACACAAUCAAACUAUUGUUGGACCACAAGCCAAUACUUCAAAAUGAGGAGACAUACUUCAAGCCACAUGAAUAUGCAUUCCACAAAGUUAGAGAUGGACAGCACAGAGAGGUGAUCAAAUUGUUGGUGGAGAAGGGCGAGCUCAAGCCACUUAACCCCUCCAGGAUGUUUGAAAUCAUUGGAGAGCUCGGCGAUAUCGACCUGUUGGACUAUGGAUUCACUCACUUCCUUGACGAGUCCGCAACAGAUGAUGAUGAGUUCGAGAAACUAUUGAACGUGUCAAUCAAAGCUGCCAUCGAACGACACAACGUGGACUUUGUCAUCCAUGUAUAUGCCCAUCACAGAGACAAGAUGUCCAAGAAGAAAUCAAAGUACAAGAUAUAUCACAUUCAAGCAGUUACCUGUGCCAAUGUGGAGAUGUUGGAAUGUCUGUUGCGAGUCGACCCACUCGAAACCUUUGACCAGGCCGAUAUGUUGUAUAGCACUGCCAUCAGUCAUGUACACAUUGAGGUGUUGGACUGGCUACUCAAACAUCUGGAUGAAGAGCACAGUGCGAGGUUCAUGAGGCGAUCUGUCUCAAUCAAACCAUUGAUUGAAUCUAAUCUUACUUCAAUGUUACAACAUCUAUUGGACAUUGGUCAAUACAAGAGUACCUUGCCGGCAUCCUCCUCUUCCAAGACUAAGCAACCCAAUCUUAAGCGUGACAGUAUUGAUGACACUAUGUCCUCAUCUUCUCUACCCAACAAACGAAACAGGAAGUAA